AUGAUUAAAUGGAUUCAAUUGUUUCAUGUUUUCGACGACGAGAGAGGAUAUAAUAUAUUGUUUGUUACAAAUCGUGGUUUGGUUUACGGUUUUGGAUCUAAUUAUUAUGGAUCUCUUGGUUUGGGACACAACCGCUAUGUCCGUGAAAUCCAAGAGAUUGAGAGAUUGCGCCACAAGAAUAUCACACAAUUCUUCAAUGGAGACGACUUUGUGUUAGCCCUCACUCAACACAACUGCCUCUAUGGUUGGGGUCUUAAUAAUAAGGGACAGUUAGGUUUGGAACUCCCGAAUAUGGAUUUCCCAUUUAUAAAACCAGAACUUAUUAAUCCUGAAAACAUGGAAAAUAAGUCAAUCUAUCAAAUAAGUUGUGGUUAUUAUCACACAAUGAUUCUCACGAGUGAUCGCUUUGUCUAUGGAUGGGGUUUUAAUAUGUACGGACAGUUAGGUUGUGGACCAGACAGUGAUAUACAAAACGGAACCAUAUUUCGAGUGAAUUUCAGUCCUAAUCACGAAAUUAAAAGCAUUUAUUGUUGUCCUUAUUCUUCAUUUGCCAUCACAUCGAAGGGAGAGGUGUUUAGUUGGGGUCGAAACGGUUGGUAUAAUUUGGGACACAAUUCAUCGGGUAAUAUAUGGAAACCACAACUCAUUGAAGACAUGACUGUUGUUUCCGAAGUGAAUCAAUACAAGCGUUUAUAUAAAGAGUUGCAUUUAUUAGGUUCGGGAGGUUUUGAGGAAGUGAUGAAUUACGGGAAUUGGGAUGAAGACAAUGUGUAUAACAUUCUUAUGGAGUUGUGUUCCGAUAGUCUGCAGAAUAUUCUUCAACACAAACCACAAGUAUUUGGUCGACAACCGGAAGAACCCAUGAAUUCAAUCGAGUUUUACAUUUCGUGUCAUAUAUUCAAAGAGAUCUUAGAAUGCGUUCAAUAUUUACAUGAAUUAAAUCCUCCGGUCAUUCAUAGAGACCUAAAACCCGACAAUAUAUUAGUGGCGAAGACUGUAAGGAACGGCAGGUUUUUCAAAAUUGGUAACUUUUGUUUGGCGACUGUUCACCAGGACUCGUCAGAUAAGGGAGAUCUGAGAUAUCAGGCGCCAGAAGUGGGUCGAGGAGUGGUCUAUAACCAUAAGAUAGAUGUCUACAGUUUGGCUAAAAUUGCUGAAAACAUUUUUGGGAUUCAUUUGGAGGACAAACCUUUACAUAAGUAUUCAGACAAUGAAGUUAUGAACAAAUGUUGGCUUAAGUUAACAGAAAUAUUGCAUUCAAUGUCAUACUAUAACUGGAAUCACCCGCACAUACCCGGCCCUCACUGGACAGACAGACCCGAGUGCUCACAAGAUCAGGUGGUUUUGGGACCGUUAGGCGAGUAA